UGAGAUGCGUGAGCUACAGGAAUAUAUUGAUGACGCUUUGAGAUUUUGAAAGAUCAUGAUUAGUACAUUCAUUGAGGUGUGACUCCAGUUCUCUGCAGAAAGUGAACCUGGUUCAGCUUUGUUUGCCUCCUCUAUCACAGGUGUGUUCUACAGCAGAGUUUUCACUCUUUUGUACUGUGUAAAGUCUUUUGUGCUUAGAAGAGAUGUAUAUAUCAAUAUGGAAGUAAAUGAGGAAAUAUCACAGGUUCUGUAUUCUGCAUAAACUGAAUAAAUUAGACUUCCUUCUGUGGAAAAUAGCUUAUUGGAGAUGCCAUCUGUAGAUGAAGUCUUCUAGUGUUUUGGGACUUGGGCAUACUCAAUCACCUGUACAUUUCCUCUGAAAAAUAAUAGAAAGCAAGUAGAAUUGGCUGCCUCUAAUUCUGCUCAGACUGUUUAAAUAUAAGUCAUUCAAAACUUUUGUUUCAGAUAAAAAGCCUUUUGAUGUAGAUUUGUCUUACUUUCUGUUAAAUUGUAGAAAGAAAUUUUUAGAAGGAGAAUUUUUAGUAGUUUGCAAGGAUUAUUAUUAUUGUUUUAAUGUCUUCUUAAAUGUGUUAUUAAUUACAUGAAACCAAUAUGAUACACAAUUAAAAUGGUACGUGCUGUUACUGUGAAUAUAUCUUCAAACUUAGACUUUUGAAAACCUUUUUUACUUUUUUUAAUUGAAUAUUUUACAGGGAAUUGAGUUAGUGUAAAGGAAUUGCAAGAGCUGUCGUUAAACAAGGAUUUAGCUGGUGCUGAAAGACAUUGCACAUUUUCAAUGUUCAGGAUAAAAACUGAAAUCUGCAAGUAGCUCUGGCUACAGCAAUUUCUAACGCUUCUUGUGGUCAGAAAUAAAGCCUAUAAUUUAAAUUAUGUAUUAUCAGUUUAUGAUAAAAACCAAAUCAAAACAUCUAAAGAACCAGUUCAUACAGAUUUAUACCAUGAUAUGAGUAUUUUAGAACUUGCAUUGGCUUCAUGAUGUCACACAGGAUGGAAUGUUGUGAAUAAAUUCUUCCUUUAGUCUGGCCAACACAAAUGUACUUUUAACAGUUGGUAGACGUGCAGCAUGUUAAAUUAAGGCAUGUUAACAUGGGCUGUCUUCCAGAGUGGUUAGCCUGGGAUUUGAACACUGUUCCAAACAUUUCUUCUGCACAUUCAGAUGAAGCACUUAGAAUGAUGUAAUUGUCUGUCACACAAAUGUUGGUCUUCUGAACUUCAUAUUCUACCAUUUCUUUGUGCCACAGGGCAGUGGCAUGCACCAACAGAAUUAGUUUCAUAGAUUUGCUAGAAGAACUUUCAGGGUUUUUUUGUUUUUUGUUAAAAUUCCCAGUGUUUCUCUUAAGAAACUUUUUAUUAGAAAGAAUAAUAAUGUUAAUGGACUUCAUUAGUAGUGACCUCUGACCAUAAAGAAACACUUUUUUGCUGUGAGAGUGAGUGAGCACUGGCACAGAUUGCUCAGAGAGACUAUGGAAUAUCCAUUUUUGGGAAUACCCAGAAUUCAUCUGUUGAUGGUCUUGAGCCUGCUCUUGGGUAACUCUGCCUGAGCAGGGAGUUGGACAUGGUACCUCCAGAAAUCUCUUUUGAUCUUGAUCAUUAUGGAAAUUGAAAUUUUAUAACUGCCUGGUAAAAUCUUUAAUGCUUUUACCAAUCCUAUUGUGAUAGAGGGUCAUAAAAUGAUAUUGCAAGCAAACCUGAUGAGCACUUGGAGCUCUGCUGACCAUGUCAGGUAUUUGGCUCUGUGCCCUGCUGGGCAGGGCAGCCCUGUGUUCCAGUGGCUGUGCCAGCCCAUGCAGACUGUACAUAGUGUGAUACCACUCUGAUUGUGAAUCCUAAGGGUUAUUUUAUCUAGAGCAGAACAUGCUAUUACUUUAAAACUCUUAAAGACGUUAUUUCAGAGCAAAAGUGUUAAAAAUGCAAAUUUGUGUCUUCCUCUGCUGUAUGACAGUUUCAUGCUUAACCAACAUUUAUCUGCAUAGGAGUGACAUAGCUGUGAGCAUCUCUCUGGUAUCUGUUUGAAGAGGACACUGUUGGGGGGCCCAGGUAUUUCUUUUAUAUUUUAUAGUUAUAGAGGUGUCCGGACUCUGUAAUGGUCAAAGAUUUCCAGUAGAAGAGGAUGAGACAAGAAUUAAAUGCAUGUGGGAGACUCUGGACCUAGGCAUCUCAUGCUUUCGAUGCUAGCUGGGAGGGAGCUUGAUAAACACUUUUGCCACCUUUUCAUAGGAAAAACAGUUUCAGAAGAAAUUUGCCUUCUUGGUGUUCUGCAACCCUUCUUAAGAGUGUUUUUCAGAAACAAGCUCAGACUUCUGCAUCUGUACUUCCAAACAGAAUUUGUAAAGAGGGGAAAAUUCUGAAUAUGGCUUGAUUUGCUCUUGGUCUUGGCAGUGUUUCUGAUGAGUGUCCCACGGACUCUGUCAAGUUCUGGGGGUUCUCCUCUAGCACCGAGGAGCAGAACCCUGAGCAGCAGCCUGGGAUCAGUAGAAGCAUUUCUCCAUCAUUCUCUUUAAAAGAGCAGCUCAAGAUGAGUGAUUAUUCUGGACUUCCAAGUGACCACAGCCAGAUGAUUGCUGAAGAUUCAGAAAUUCAAGCAAAGCCUGAACACUCUCAUGAAGUUCUUCAGGAAGAUAUUGAAAUGAGCAGUGGCUCCAGUGGAAAUGAUUCCAGUGGAAAUGACUCCAGUGGGAAUGACACAAAUGAAAACUAUUCAAGUGGGCAUGAUUCUCAUGGUCAUGAAUCUGAUGAAAAUGGGAAGGAUUCAGCAAUGCUUAUGGAAUCUUCAGACUGUCAUAAAAGUUCAAGCUCAAAUGCAUUUAGUCUGAUGAUUGCAAACUCUGAACACAAUCAGUCUAGCAGUGGAUGCAGUAGUGAGCAGUCCACUAAAGCCAAAACACAAAAGGAAUUGCUGAAAACACUGCAGGAGCUGAAAGCUCACCUUCCUUCUGAGAAGAGAGUCAAAGGCAAAUCCAGUGUCCUAACGACGCUGAAAUAUGCCCUUAAAAGCAUUAAACAAGUUAAAGCCAAUGAGGAAUAUUACCAGUUGUUGAUGAUUAAUGAAUCCCAGCCUGCUGGUCUCAAUGUAUCAUCUUACACAGUGGAAGAAGUGGAGACUAUAACCUCAGAAUACAUUGUGAAAAAUGCGGAUAUGUUUGCUGUAGCUGUGUCUUUGAUAACUGGGAAAAUUCUGUACAUCUCUGAUCAAGCUUCUUCUAUUCUCCGCUGCAAGAGGGGUUAUUUUAAAAAUGCCAAAUUUGUGGAGUUCUUGGCACCUCAGGAUGUCAGUGUGUUCUAUACUUCCACCACCCCAUACAGAUUACCAUCGUGGAACAUUUGCAAUAGAGCUGAGUCUUCCACCCAGGAUUGCAUGGAAGAGAAAUCUUUCUUUUGUCGCAUCAGUGCGGGAAAGGAGCGUGAAAAUGAGAUUUGCUAUCACCCAUUCCGGAUGACUCCUUACCUUAUCAAAGUGCAAGAUCCAGAAAUAGCAGAAGACCAGCUUUGCUGUGUGUUGCUUGCAGAAAAAGUCCAUUCUGGCUAUGAAGCACCCAGAAUUCCUCCUGACAAAAGGAUUUUUACAACUACGCACACGCCAACCUGUUUGUUCCAGGAUGUAGAUGAAAGAGCAGUCCCUCUGUUGGGAUACCUACCUCAGGAUUUAAUAGGAACACCAGUCUUGGUGCAUCUUCACCCAAAUGACAGACCCUUAAUGCUGGCAAUUCACAAAAAAAUUCUUCAGUAUGGAGGGCAGCCUUUUGACUACUCACCAAUCAGGUUUUGCACUAGGAAUGGAGAUUAUAUCACCAUGGACACCAGCUGGUCCAGUUUCAUCAACCCUUGGAGUCGCAAAGUUUCCUUCAUUAUUGGAAGACACAAAGUUAGGACGGGUCCCUUAAAUGAAGAUGUCUUUGCUGCUCCCAACUACACAGAGGACAGAAUCCUUCACCCCAGUGUUCAGGAGAUCACUGAGCAGAUCUAUCGGCUCUUACUGCAGCCUGUACACAACAGUGGAUCCAGUGGCUAUGGAAGUCUGGGUAGCAAUGGUUCACAUGAGCACUUGAUGAGUGUGGCAUCCUCCAGUGACAGCACAGGAAAUAAUAAUGAAGACACUCAUAAGGAUAAACCAGAGGUUUGUCAAUACGCCCGUAAGGUCAAGAAUAAAGGACAGCGUAUUUUCACUGACAGUAAAGCAAAACUGGACUAUAAGAAAGAGUCUUUUGCAGAAAAACAGAAUACUGCUGGUCAGGUGAAAGGUGUAGGGGGAAAGGAUACUGCAGCAACAGCAGCUCCAAAAAAUGUGACUACUGAAGAGCUGGCAUGGAAAGAACAGCCUGUGUAUUCCUAUCAGCAGAUCAGCUGUCUGGACAGUGUCAUCAGGUACUUGGAGAGUUGUAACGUGCCUGGUACAGCAAAAAGAAAAUGUGAACCUUCAACAAGUGUUGCAUCACUGAGUUCUGGAGUUCAUGAACAAAAAGCAGCUGAUAAUUCUAUCCAGCCAUUGGGAGAUCCUGCUGUGUUGAAGGCAUCUGGUAAAUCAAGUGGUCCCCCAGUGGUUGGUGCUCACUUAACAUCUUUAGCUUUACCUGGCAAGCCGGAAAGUGUUGUGUCUCUCACCAGCCAGUGCAGCUACAGUAGCACCAUUGUUCACGUUGGAGACAAAAAAACACAACCUGAAUUAGAAAUGAUAGAAGAUGGUCCAAGUGGAGCAGAAAUCGUAGAUGGCCAACUUCUCACCCCUCCAUCCAGCUCUGCGCACAUAAAUCAGGAGAAGGAGCCAUUUAAAAAACUGGGACUUACGAAGGAGGUCCUUGCAGUGCAUACACAAAAAGAGGAGCAGAGCUUCUUGAAUAAGUUCAAAGAAAUCAAGAGAUUUAAUAUCUUUCAAUCACACUGCAAUUACUACUUACAAGAUAAACCAAAAGGACGGCCUGCUGAACGUGGUGGCCGUGGACAAAGGAAUGCCGCUUCUGGAAUGGAUCAGCCUUGGAAGAAAAGUGGAAAGAACAGGAAAUCAAAGCGCAUUAAACCACAGGAAUCUUCAGACAGCACAACUUCUGGAGCUAAAUUCCCCCAUCGGUUCCCCCUGCAAGGUUUAAAUGCCACAGCCUGGUCACCAUCAGAGACUUCCCAAGCCAGCUACUCAGCAGUGUCCUUCCCCACUGUCAUGCCUGCAUAUUCCCUUCCUGUUUUUCCAGCAGCAGGGACCGUGCCGCCGGCUCCUGAAACCUCACUCUCUGGUUUUAAUCACUUGCCAGACUCUGGAAACAGCUGCCCCAUGCAGCCAUCCCAGUUCUCUGCACCCUUCAUGACCCCUGUGGUGGCUCUUGUGCUCCCCAACUACAUGUACCCAGAGAUGAACAAUAACUUACCUCAAACGCUGUACCCCAGCCAGCCCAGCUUCCCUGCCCAUCCUGCCUUCUCCUCACAGACAGUGUUCCCACCACAGCCCCCCUUUGGCACAGCCAGCCCCUUCCCACAGCAGCCCUUUUUCCCAGCUCAGCCAUUCCAGUACAACCCCCCAGCAGAGCCUGAAAAGGCUCCUGUGGCAGAGCCACGCAACGACCCCUCCCGUUCCUGCACUCCUCAGUCGCUGGGUCCUCAGGACCAGGCUUCACCACCUCUGUUCCAGUCGAGGUGCAGCUCUCCUCUGAAUCUCCUACAGCUGGAGGAAACCACCAAAACUGCAGAGAGCGGAGCUCCUGCAGGUUUACACGGAGCUCUGGCUGAGGAAGGAGCCAUAGGCAAGAUCAGGACAGUGGAUAACGGCAGUGGGAAGGAAUCCUUACCUGCUGAAUCUCCAAUGGAUGCUCAAAACAGCGAUGAGCUCUCCAUGUCCAGUGUCCUGCUUGACAUUUUACUGCAAGAGGAUGCGUGUUCAGGCACUGGCUCAGCCUCCUCAGGGAGCGGUGUGUCUGCAGCUGCUGAGUCCCUGGGCUCUGGCUCCAAUGGCUGUGGCAUGUCAGGGAGCAGGACAGGUAGCAGUGAAACUAGUCACACCAGCAAAUACUUUGGGAGCAUUGAUUCCUCAGAGAAUCACCAUAAAACCAAAAUGAAGACAGAAAUGGAAGAAAGUGAGCACUUCAUCAAAUAUGUGCUCCAGGAUCCCAUCUGGCUGCUGAUGGCUAACACAGAUGACACAGUGAUGAUGACUUACCAGCUCCCCUCACGGGAUUUGGAAACAGUUUUAAAAGAAGAUAAGCAGAAAUUAAAGCAAAUGCAGAAACUACAGCCAAAAUUUACAGAAGAACAAAAAAGAGAGCUUAUUGAAGUUCAUCCAUGGAUCCAGCAAGGUGGCCUGCCAAAAACUGUUGCUAAUUCUGAAUGUAUUUUUUGUGAGGACAAUAUACAGAGCAAUUUUUAUACUUCAUAUGAUGAAGAAAUCCAUGAAAUGGACCUUAAUGAAAUGAUCGAAGAUAGUGGAGAAAACAACUUGGUUUCUCUGAAUCAAGUCAGUGAAGAACAAACAUAGCCUUUGAGCCUGUUGUUUUGAAAAUUGCUUCAAAACGACAGUGAACGAUCCAUAAAGGUUUUAAUCUUUUAUCCAGCAGGAUGAAUGCAGUUCAUAAAAGUACAUGUGUUUUUCUUGCUCUAGAAGAGUCAUUUGUGAAUGAAUCUCUUUUUAAAUGGUGGCAAUCUCUUCCCAGUAAGGACAUUGUUGAAGAUGGUAUAACUUUUCUUUAAAAGACUCAUUUUGCACUUCCAUGCCUCAAGUAUUUCUUUAUAAACUCUAGAAACUUUCAUUGAUGCCUACUGUUUUUUGUAGAGUGGGUUAAGAAGUGCUGGAAAUUUCCUCAUAUACAUACAGUUCUUCAAUCUGCUGGUGAUGAUUCAGCAUUAUAAAUUGUUGAGCAAUUUUGCUUAUGGCUCUUUACAUUGUUCUUAAUAUUUGAAGUGGUCCAGCAUAGUAGAAGAAAUAACCUUCAAGGAAAUCAAUUCACACUUGCCCUUCUCAUACCAGUUGAUCCCAUCCUCUUUGUUUGUCUCCUCUAGUUCUGAAUGUAGGAACUUUUUCUGUCUAAGAGAAAUGUUGAGCUGAUUUUGUGAGAUGGUCUGGGGUUAGAGUUCAUGUUGAUGUGUAAGUAUAGAGGAGUGCUGACAACUUCGUAGCCUUUUCUUUAAACGGACACUGCAAAACUAUGAACUGUUGAAUACCUUGAAGCAUAAUUUCUGAGAAUUUACACUCAAGAAAUCCUUAUGCUUAAAGAUUUAAAAAACUUAAGACCACGGAGGAUGUCUGGCCAUGCCCCAGUUAGACAAAGCUUGGGGUAACUUUAACCUUUUUUUCUGACUUGCUCUGUCAGGAGGCUGGCCAUCAGUUUUUCCAAUGUGGCAAAACAAACAUCAAAUUGUGGCAAGGGAGGAUUAGAUGUGUCUUGUCAUUUGAAGAUAGUUCUUAUAAAAAAGAAGUGAUUCUGAGAAUAGUGUUUACUCGCUCUAUUCGAUUUACAUAAUCUCAAAUUUAGUGUGGCUGGAAUCCUUUGCUGUCAAAGAUUUCAUUUUAAUGCCUCUGAUUGUAUUGACUUGAAUAUGUGUACUUUAUGUUCUUGUGCUGUUUAUGUCUGUUGGAUGUGGGAAGAGAACAUGAGAGAACAACUUUUAAUGUGUUGGUUAGUUAAAGGACAUUUAGUUGCUGUAUUGCUAGAUGUCAGCUGUAAGUCCUGGGGUGAAAAAUGACAAAAGUUAAUUGAAUUAACUUUGAUAUGUUUGUCUUAAAAUAUUUUUCUUGGGAAGCAUUUCCUUUUUUAUUAGGGUAACAUUUCUAUUCACUGAAAAUUAAGGUUAUUUUAAUUCUAUACAAAUACUUCUGUUUGUAUACAGAGAGGAUGUGAAUUCACAUUGACACCAAAAACACACAAAAGUGACUGGUAUUUGCUUAGUGGAAGAAAUAAUUUGUUCCAAGUAAUUCAUUAUUAGUUGGAAAAUUUGCACUGGAGACAGGUUCUGCAGGUAGUAAAGUGUGUCAGCUUGUGAAACAAGCAGAAUCACGAUUUUAAAAAAUAAAUAUCUUAAAUGUAGUGUGAAGCACUACCCAGCAAGAUCUGAUGCCUGUCUUUAACAGUUCAGUAAGGUCAAACGUAAAUAUUUGUAAAUACAAAGUGAAUGAGAAAUUUUCCAGUGUUGGUGUUCACGUCCGAUGUGUUAAAUGUUUUAAUCAUAAAUGGAACAGUGCAGCUAUACCAACAUAUGAAAUAUAUUUCAUUUUUACAUGGAAACACAAACAUGGACCAGGGUUUGGGAAAAAUAAGAGCUUUAUAUAAAAGGAGUGCAUCAUAAUUAUACAAAUAAUUUUCAAAGACUUCUCAACCACUUUGAACUUCUCUUUGCUUUAGCAUGCUUUUUUUUCACCCCCCAUGUCUUUUUUUAUUUAUCCUAAUUUCUUUUAUUAUUUUUUUUUUUCAAUGACCAUCUUGUAACCAUAACUUAGUGAAAGGAAGAGAAAAGUAUAUUUAGAGCAUUUUGUGGAUGUGCUUACUUAUGGACUUAAUCUUGCAUCCUUAAAGUGUUUGCAUUUACAGGGUGGUAUUAAAAUAUUUUCCUGUAACUUUAAAUCUACAUGCCUCCAUUUAUAGAUAAGAUUCUGAAGCUGUAAUUUUUCCAAACUGUUGUAAGAUGAUUUAUUUGUGAUGACACUUUGUCAAUAUGUCAACAAUGUUUUCUGUACACUGUGCAAUAUAUUUUGGUUUUGCCACUUGUGACUAAUUUUUAUGACUUUGCUUUUUAGAAAACUGGUAAAUAAAACAGAUAUAUUUUUA